CUUUUCCGCCGCCUUCUCCCAGGCGCAAAGCCCAGCCCGAGGAUAUUGGCCUUAAAAGGGGAACCCCAAGCCACGCUUCCUGCUUUCUCUCCAAUUCCUCGCCUGAAAUCUGUCCGGCCAAAAUGUUCAGGUGCGGCCUGGCUUGCUGGAGGUGCAGAUGGCUCCUGCCCCUUCUCUUGGGGAUAGCCAUCAUCUUUGGCAUCAUUGCCCUGGCUGGCAAGGGAUGGUUGGAGUCGGCCGAAGCCCCCUACGUGCGUAAAGCCUGGUUGUGGUGGGACUGUCGCAAAAACAACCCCGACGAUGCGAGGUGGAUCUGCAAUUCUCUCAUGGACUACAGUUGGGGCAGAGCUGCUGCUGCUACAUAUCUUGUCGGUUUUGUCAUCCUCUGUAUCUGUUUCUGCUUAGCAGUCAUAGCAUUUUCCAUUGAUAUAUUGCGGUUUAACUUUGUUCGAGGAAUUGGCGGCUUGCUCUUCGUUGUUGCUGCUUUCCAGAUCUUAGGCUUGGUCAUCUACCCAGUGAAAUACACCGAAGAAAUUAUAUUGACGGGAAGCAACAUGUUCAGCUGGGCUUAUGGUUUUGGUUGGGCAAGUACAGUGAUUGUGAUAGGUUGUGCCUUCUUUUUCUGCUGUCUUCCCAAUUGGGAAGAUGAAGUCCUGGGUAACAUAAAACCCUAUAGGCAUGAUGGCAUCUAACCAGUUUGAUGUGGACUUUAUAGAAGAUACUUUUAGGAAAUAAAGCGAUAUUGUUUCUGACAUAGGGGUUAUUUGUUCGAUUGUUUGAAUAACAGUUUAUUUUUUAAGACAUUCCCGUUUUCAGACUUAUUUUAUUAAAAAAAGAGAGAUUGCAUUCUGAAUUUUGUUUAAUAAUAAUUCCUUUCGAGAAUUAAUUGAUUUUGGUAAAGGACAGAAGCUUUGGUGAGGUGAUUGAUUCUAAGAUAAUAUUUUACUAAAUAAAUAUAUAAGGGCUUUUUUUAAACUCAAAAACUCAAACAAUUUUAAGUUUUUGUUUUUAGCCUGUGGUUCAAAAUCCUUAUCCAGAUAUGUAUUAAUAAAAGAAUGUUUGAAAAUGUAGUUAUUUAUACAUUCACUAUGAAAUCUUCUAAGCAUUAGAUUCUGUUAAUAUUAUUUUCCUGGCAUUUCUGUUAUAGUAAUGCUUCAUAGCUUACUUGAUACUAAAUGAAUUAACACUAUAGUAUUCUGUGUGUGCAGGUUUCCCAUGUUAAAGAAUUUAUGUGACAGCUUCCCCCCAUUAUUGGAUGCUUCUAGACAAGGUUAGGUCUGCUCCAUUCAGAUAAUUAGUGUAGAGUAGUAGUGGUUUUUUUUCUGAUUCUCCACUCUCAUUAAAGAAAUCUGUUGAGAGGAUGCAUAAAUGCCAUUGGUAGUAAUGCCCACAAUCUUCUAUCUGAAUUUACCUGCAUAUUUCUUAACAUUUAUAUAUUGAAUAUGUCUCAUAGAUUGAAAUUAGGGAGAAGGUAAAACUUCAGAAUUAUACUUUUCAAUUUCCUUUCUCCUCAAUAUCUGACAAGUUUAUGCUCAGUAUAUAGAUUUAAAGCAAAAAAAACAACAACCCUCCAAAACCAAAUAACUAUUAGAUGGCAAACUUACUAGGCAAAAAAACAAAGCUCGUUUAUUGGAUAGUUACAGUUAGAUAGUGCUUCUCUGCUGCCGAUCUUCUCAUCCCAUAUGCGUAUUUUGGAUUCAAAUGGCAUUGAAUCAAAGGAUGGAUAAAGAUAGCUCCAUGUAUGGUUGAUUUUUCAAGGUAGUUAAACUUUUGGAUAAGGUUCUGCAGGAUUAGUUACUUGGUAGUGGAAUAAUAAUGUAGACUUGCCUUUCCAAAUUCAAGCAUAUAUACAGCGUAGCUCACAGAUAGGCAGUGCGAUGUGUAUGGGUGCAGAGAACCUUACGACAACUCCAGUGGGGAGUUAGGUUUCUGCAGCAUUGGACUUUAUUUCUUUAACUAAAAUAUAUGGAAUGCUUACAUGCUGCAAAACAAAAUGCCAGUCCGUUACAUAUUUAUUUACAAGAAUAAAUGGAUCACACGUGGAGUCCCCAGAGUAUUCCAAAAUAAAAGUGGUACUUGGGUGUACAUUUAGCAAGAGAAAGACAAUGAAAAAUUGCAUUGCGGUACAAAGCAUUGGUGAAAUGGGUUAGGGCAGGGGUCUGCAAACUUGGCUCUUUUAAGACUUGUGGACUUCAACUCCCAGAGUUCCUCAGCCAGCUUUGCUUAAAAGAGCCAAGUUUGCAGACCCCUGGGUUAGGGAGUUAGGGGAAGUAAUCAUGUCACAUUGCCUUUUUAAAAGAAUUUCUGCGAGUUGCUGCCUAGUUUCAAUGCACACGGUGGUAGCCAUUGUGUAAACAGAUAUGCCUUUGGCUGUCAGAAUGUCCAGAUUCCUACAGUACAUAUUCAGAAUUCCAACACUAUGGAUAUUUAGUCAGCAACAGGACACAGGCUUCAGUCAUUCUUCAUCUUAAAUAAACAUAAAGAAGAUUGCAGAGAAUUUAAUAUAAUUAAUCUCAGUAGGAAAAUUAAAUAAUCACCAAAAAUAUUGGAUAGAAUCUGUGAUUGGAAUACAUGAAAAUCUUUUAAUUUACAUUAAGAUAUUUUAAUAUCAUUAAAUCCAUUGUUAACCUGACAGACUCUGAAUGUAUGUUACCAAAAAAAAAGAUUAUAUACCAUAUAUUUUGUAUCCUUUGGUAGAAGCUUAUUUUGUAUUUGCGGAAAUAUUGUAUAUUCUAAUGUAUAAUUUCAGAUAUGACUGUUUUUGUAUAUGUACAACUAUUCACAAAGGUUAUCUGCCCACUACUGCAUGAAUUAAAUAAUAAAAGUUGCUUCAGGUAUAGAAGAAAUUCUCAUAUGAAUCCACAUUGUUUAAAGUUGAAUUGUGUUUUAUACUGUAUUGGAUUGUGAUAAAACAUUGGUCUUAUGAAA